CUCGAACGCGACGAGGGGUUAGGACGCCAUUGUGAGAAAACGAAGUCCUCGGGAAAAACUCGGUUAUUUCGGCUUUUUCGUGGUUUACAUCUCUUUUAGGAAUGUCUUCGCGGUCACGUGGACGAGGCCACAGAGGGAGCGGGAGGGGAGGUUAUGGGCACAGAGGGGGAGGCAAUUGGGGAGGGAACCGAGGGGGGCACAGAGGGGCUGGGGGAGGGGGUGGGAGGAUGGAUUAUUACCAUCACCACCACCAUCACGGAGGGCGAUCACCACACCCAUCGCAGCGGCAGCAUGAUCCGGAGAAGCUGCUGGCCUCCCUUGGGCCCGAAGCGCAGUUAGCCCUCACCACUGCCAUCAUCAACUCCGUGUUGAAAACCCCAGAUGGCAGGGAGGGACGAGGCAACUUCCGUGACAACCGCGAACCCAACUACAGACAUCAGCGGGAUCCCCGCCGCGAUGGUCGUGGAGGCUACUACAGGGAGGAGUCGAGGGAGCGCAGGCACUUUGGUGAGGACCGCAGGUAUGAGCCCAGGUCGCACCACCAGGAGGGGCGCAGCCAUCACUAUGACCGAGAGAAACCCCCAGCUGGCCCCCCUCGCUCCCGUUAUGGCAAAUACCCCGGCCAAUCCAAGAGGAGGCCGUCGCCUCAUGGCCAUCCUGGGGCCGCGUACAAGCGACAGAGAAUGGAGAGCAUUGAGGCUGGAGGCAGUCCUCACAGGGAAGAAUUUGCCGAAAACGACUCUGGUGCUGCCUCAACCCACGACAGACCGCGUGACAGGGAGCACCACAGUGAGGGUCCCAAGGAAGGCCAUGACUCCCAUGAGGUGGCUGCUGGAGGUAACGGCAAUGGCGAGGGGGAAGGCGGGCCCAGCGGAGUGCAGGUCACCAUCCGUGCCGACGGGGAGCGAGCCGUGAACAGUGAGGGCCACGUGAGGACGCGGGUGGCUGGUCGCCUCUUUGUUGAACUCAGAUGUCCACAUUGCCCGAGCCAGAGGUCCAUUACUUUCAAGGAGUACAAGUUCCACCUGGGAAGCGAGGGACACAAACAGCAGCUGAACCGGCUGGCUAGGAAGCACUCUGUGGUGCUGAGGAAGAUCAGGGUCCAGCAGAGACAGGAGCAGAAGGAGAUUGAGGCAAAGUGGCGCGAAGAAAAUGGCGAGGAGUUUAAGUCAGCUGUUACUAGGUUCUGCAGUACAUGCAAGCUAGCCUUCAAGUGUCUGGGCAAAAACUCAAGUGAUGGCAUAAGCCACCACAGCAGAAGCAAGCUACAUAGGAUGCAGAGGCACUAUCUCCAUCCUCGAUGCGGAAUAUGCCGAAUCACUUUCCCGAGCCGUAUGGUGUAUGAGCAUCACAUUGCUUCCAUCAAUCACCUACGGGGCUCGUUGCAGGUAAGGACAGCAACUAUUGACAGUCAGGGUGGCAGCCGACGCAAUGAGAACCACAACCAAGAGGAGGAGGGUGUUGACCUUGACUUGGCCAACUUCAUGACACUCGACUCGGUGGGAGAAGAUGAUGAUGAAGAGGUGGGAUCAGAGCACGAGGAGAUCACAGGGGGCAUCGAUGCUGUGGAGGCUGCAGAGAAGGAAGCUGCAACAGGAGACGAGGACGAGGACGAGGACCUAGACGAGUCAGAGAGCAGCAGCAACCGCAACAAGGGUCAUGGGCACUACAGGAGCAAGGAGGAACUGCAGUAUGGCCGCAGGGGACGGAAUGUGGGCAGCAGCAAGGGCAAGAGGCACAGGGCACUUGACCGGGGGGAUGAAGAUGAGGAGGAGGACAUUCCUAUGGAGUCGGACUGGGAUAAAGACCAGCCGGAGGAGGAUGACGACGAGGAUGAAGAGGAACAUCAGCCACUGGGAACUGAGUAUGUGCGCCGGAUCGAGGCCUACUUCUGCAGCCUGUGCUACAAGAUCAUCCGAGCUGAUUCCUCCUUAGGGUCCCGUGCUGUACAGAGGCACUGCCGCUCCUUUGACCACCUGUCACAUUACCAUGACCAACAUCCAGCAUCACACCAGGGGGAAGAUGGCAUGAGUGGAGACGAGGCCGAGGGUGACCUAGAGGACGAUCCAGACCAGGCUAAAUUGUGGGAGGAGGUCGACAAGGGACUCACCGCCCUCCAAGGGGAAAUAAUGACAGAGAUAGAAGGCGAAGAUGGACUUGAGGGAAAUGACAAAACAGAUAAGAAGGAAAAUGGAGGAGCAACAAAAGAGAAAGAAAGUGAGGAAGGAGGUGAAGAGGAGAAAGGGUUUGGAAAUGGAAAACAAGCAAAAGAAGCAAGCCGUGAAGAAGAUAAGGAGGAUGAAGUGAGGCACUUACCUUAAACUGAAUCUUUUUGACACUUAGUGUAACUUUUUUACUUUUUCAUGUGUUUGUGUGCACACAAGUGUAUGUGUGUAUUUGUAUGUGUCUGUGUAUGUAUCAGAGUGUGUAUGUUGCAUGUGCAUGUAGGUGUUUGUUCAUUGUAGCAGAAUGUAAAAAAAGAAAAAAAAGAAAAAAAAGAAUGGAGUGAAAUAUAGAUAAUAAGAAACUUGGUACUGUUCUUUUCUUUAUCAGUAUACUUAAGGAAAGUCAUUUCAGCAACUAGAACUUGGAUUUGUCAGAGGUUUUGAAAUGUGUUUUGUUUUAUUUUGUGACAGUCGCCUGUGAAGGAGGAAGAAGCGGAGGACAUGGGUAAUGCAACCAGUGUGAAGGAGUGGGAAGAAGUGGGCGAAGAAUUUACCGAGUAAGUUUGUAUGCGUGAUAGUAAUGGCUGUGGAGCAGUGGCCAAGCUGGUUGGAUGGAUGGCUGGUGAUCUGCCCUUGUGAUCGGAGCAGUGCCAGUGUUGCUGCUGUGGGGUGCUGGCUGAGUCACUGCUGGCUGACGGUUGCAAAUCUUCCUGUCCGACCCAAGAGAGAUCCAGUGACAUCCUUGCUACACUCGGAUCUAAAGUUCCCUUGAUACCCAGUCACUUGCAUUAGUCCUACAGUAAUAUAGGUGUGCUAUGAAGUGCUUCUGCGAAAGUGCUUGUGCACUUAUUUCCUGUGACAAAACUCCCUUUUGUUAAGUCAAGCUGGGGUUACAUUUUUGUUGUUUUUCUAUGUGACAAAUUCCUGCCCUGGCAGUGCUAGAAUAAGUCACAUCUGCACUGUUGUAUCAGUUGUAAAUCAGUUUUAUGUAUAUGUCAUCUUUAGCAGUACUGUUUCAAGUGGUGGAAUGGCUGUUGCAGUAAUUUGUUGCAUCAUACUAUGCAGCUAUUACAGAGCUCUGCAACACUGCCACAUCAAGCUGGUUAAAAUUUGUGCUUCUUGAGCAGUUUUAUACAAAGCUUUCUUAACAAGAUAUUUCUUGUUUCUGUAAAUGGCAGUGUUACACUGAGCAAUGUUCACCUUCCUAACAGUGUAAUUUUAAGCAGUGAGUGCUAAGCCACCUUUCCUCAAGCAUUGUUACUUCAAGCAUACUAUAGCUUUGCUCAUGCAUAAAGUUCAGGAGUACAUGUAAGAAGAGUUAGUGAUGAUAGUACGCUAUUGCAGCGAUGUAAGUGGACACAGUCCGAGGUUCCAGUGCCAAGUCCUCUGCGGGAGGAGUGGCACCCAUUCGUGUGGUUUUAUUGAUGUUGAUUUUUCAUUGAAAGUCAUAUUGCCAUUAAGUUUGGUCUUUUUUGUUUGGAAUUCGUUUUCUUUUUUUUUUUUUUUUUCUUUUUUUCUUUUUUUUUUUAGUUGCCUUGUUUUCAGUACUGUGUGGUAGGACAAUAGUACAAGAUCAUUUGUUCUGUAAUGAAAAAAACUUGACAGAAAAGUAGAUAAAAUCUACUGUGUAUUUUGUGGAUACGUUUGUAAUGGAAGUGGCUUGGCAAUACAUAGUCAGUGUUCCUUGCAAUUUUGCAAGAUGUCUUUCUUUCAUAUAUUUCAUCUUGGAAUUAGAAGUUUACUCAGAAAAUAUUCCAGUAUUUUUUAAUAAAGAAAACAGAAAAU